UGCCCAAAACCCGGAAGAAGUAAAAAUCUUGAUUCCCCCAAACGAGGUUGUUGAUACAACAAGGAAGGCUUCGAGUUUUGAGUUUGGAGUGAUAUCAUAGCAUACCGUUGCACGGCUCUUAAAAUUCGCUCAAGAUGCAUUUUCUUGCUAGUUUGGCAUUUUCAGUCACAUUUUUCUUGCUAGUUGAAAGCAGAAAUUUGUCUACUGGUGAAAAACAAUGGGAUCAUAUCAUAUUUACCCAGCAGUGGCCAGAGUCAGCAUGUGAACAUGUCAAUGCAUCUGGACAGCAUUCAUGUGAAAUUCCAAGUUCUACAAAUGCAUGGGCUGUUCAUGGCAUUUGGCCCAGCAUGGGUGAUACCAAAGGUCCAAAUUACUGCAAUGAGAGUUGGAGUUUUGAUCCAUCCAAAAUCCAGGGGAUUCUGUCAGAAUUGAAGGCUGAGUGGCCAAAUUUAUAUACAGACACAGAACUGUACAGCUUUUGGGAACAUGAAUGGGUGAAGCAUGGAACUUGUGCUGCAAGUCUUGACUCCUUGAGGGGCGAAAUGAAAUACUUCAGUACGGGGCUGUCUCUUCAUAAGAAAUAUGAUGUCAUGGGCACCCUUGCAAAACGUGGAAUUUCACCCUCUCGAUCAAAGACUUAUGACCUCACUGAUGUUGUCGGAGUUCUUCAAGAUGAAUUUGGAUAUUCUGUGUGUAUUGGCUGUGUUUACAAUCAGGAUAUUGGUCAAAUGCUGUAUCAAAUGUACAUAUGUCUGGACAAAAGUCUAAGCAUGAUAGACUGUCAGCAUUGCAGUCAAAGUUGUCGGCAAGAAGAGAAAUUGGUUUAUCACCCAAUUGAAAAUAACAUCGUUUACUAGAUGUCAACUUUUUAUUUUGGCGAUAAUAUGUUCGCAUUUGAUUGUUCUAGUUGGUAGAAGCAGAAAAUCAUUUUUGUAUCUGUGGACGGGAUGGGAGAUGUUUGCUUGGAUUGAUUUGUAAACAAAAA